GCUUUUCUUUCUUUCAGACUUUGGCACUGCUUGACUUUGUUUCCUUAAGAGCAUAGUGCCGUCCUCUUUUCUCUGUUCUAGUACCAGUCGCAUCGCAUCGCAUCGCAUCGCACAUCGACAUUUCCCUCGUCGCCACCCCUCCCCCACUUCCUUUGCUCACCAUGAGCGCCAUUCUCUCUGCAGACGACCUGAAUGACUUUAUAUCACCCGGCGUCGCAUGUAUAAAGCCCAUCGAGACACUCCCUAUAAAGAGCGAAGAUAAUUCGAAUCCAUACGAAGUCACCACCGAAGAGAAAGCCGCUGCCGCGCAACCGCCCCCACCCGCGUCGAUAUCGCUUACAGAUUGUCUGGCGUGCUCGGGAUGUGUGACGAGUGCUGAGGCGGUGCUUGUUAGCUUGCAGAGCCAUACUGAGGUCUUGAGUACGCUGGAUACGUACAAAUCGUUAAGAGCACCGUGGACACACAAUGGGGUAAAUGGGGUCGUGAACGGGUAUACAAGUAAUGGGGGCACGAAUGGUGUGAAUGGUAAUCAUGCUGAGGGAAAACUGUUCGUGGCCAGCGUCUCGCCGCAGGCACGCGCGAGUCUGGCGGCCGUCUUCAAUGUCUCUGAGGCCGAGGCAGGGAACAUGAUCACGCAGCUCCUCAGCGGCCCCUCAGGUUUAAGAGCUGGCAGUCAACAAGGAAGCGACUUCACAUGGGUCAUCGACACAAACGUAGUGCGCGAAGCAUGCCUAGUCGCGGCAGCAGACGAAGUUGCCAAUGCCCUCACUCCCGAGUCCUCGAACGCACCGUCAAAGCCUGGGUCCGAGGGCGCAAUCGAUACCACACCCAAGCAACCCAUCCUCACAUCUGCAUGCCCAGGCUGGAUAUGUUACGCCGAAAAGACACAUCCCUACGUCCUCCCACAUCUCUCGCGCUUAAAGUCGCCUCAGGCCCUCACCGGCACACUCGUAAAGUCCGUUCUCAGUCAACGCUAUAACGUAUCCCCGUCACAGAUAUGGCACCUCGCCAUCAUGCCCUGCUUCGACAAGAAGCUCGAGGCCAGCCGCGGCGAGCUCACUUCUUCUGCCUGGCUGCCCAACCACGACUCCUCGCAAGAUCCCGUAAGAGACGUCGACUGCGUAAUCACAGCGCGUGAAUUGUUGCAUCUAGCCUCAGCGCGCGGCAUCCACUUCUCCUCGCUUCCUCGAACACCCCUCUCCUCCGCAGAUCGAACGCCCUUUCCCGACCCAAAACUCGACGCUUUCCUCUUUCCCCCUUCACGGCGGAAGAACCAGGAUGUCGCUGCUGGCCCGUCUGGCGGCUAUCUAUACCACAUACUCCAAACCUACCAAGCCCGCAACCCUGGAUCCGAAAUUUCAGUAUCGCGCGGUCGCAACGCUGAUGUUGUUGAAUACUCGCUCAUCCGCGGAAGGGAGACCAUCUUCAAAGCAGCGCGCUUCUACGGAUUCCGCAAUAUCCAGAACUUGGUACGGCGGCUAAAGCCUGCGCGGGCGAGUAGACUUCCUGGCGGCAAGACGGGUGUCAGCAGAAGACCAGGUGCGAAUGGCGCGGCGGUGGGCGAGGGAGUAAAGGAGUAUGCGUAUGUGGAAGUCAUGGCUUGCCCAGGAGGCUGUACGAAUGGCGGGGGACAAAUCAAAGUUUCCGAAGUAGACGACGUUCGCAUUGCAGAGGGUUUGCAGGUGCCCAACGAGGAUGGUGCCGUGAUAUCGAAGCCUGGUCCGAAAGAGCAGAAAGAGUGGCUAGCGAAGGUAGACGAGGCGUACUUCUCUGGCUCUGAUUCAGAGUACGAAAAGGAAUUGGACGGAGAUGGCGACCAGACGAUGCAGGAUGCAGACACCAAUUGCCACGUCAAUGGCCACGUCGAGGAUGACGUCGUGGACGGUAUAUCAAGAUCGAGCAUCAAGCGUGUUCUGACCCACUGGUCGGACAUUACCGGCGUCGACAUGCAGAAGCUGAUAUACACGUCGUACAUCAAAGUGGAGAGCGAUGUCGGCAAGAAGAAGCAGAGUGAUAUGGAGAGAGUGGCUGGCUUGGCUGUUAGUGUCGGCGGUGGCUGGUAG